CUACGUGGAAACAACAUGUUACGUAAACCCGGCCCAGGGUCAGCCAGAAAGGCGUGACAGGUAAAUCUAGUGGGGAUUGUUACCUGUUCCGAAGAAAGACCAGGCUCAUAAGAGAGAAUUGCACGUGUAACGGGGACUGACACAGCUUAGCAUUCUCAGAUCUGAAGUCGGAGUUUAUCAGUCAGAGUUGCCAUGGCUACCGCCACAGAGCGGUACAACAAGCUUUUACAUCAAAGUCCAAGAUACACAGUGAAUGGGUUGUGGUACCCGGGGUCAGCGGAACGACAUGAGAAAAUACGGGAAUUCCCUAUCAGAUCCGACGAUAUUACCGUGGCUUGUUACCCAAAAAGUGGUACUCACUGGGUCGAGCGUAUCCUGCAUUUUGUGACGAGUGACGAGGACCUGGACAAUGUCAAGCACUAUCCGUCCAUCCCUAUGGAGGUUUCACCGCCAAACUUGCCGAAGACAUCGUUAGACUUACUCGAGGAAUCCCCGUCCCCGCGAGUCAUCUCAACUCAUCUGCCCUUUGAACUUUGCCCCAGGGAAAUACAGGAGGGCAAGAGCAAAAUUAUUUUGGUCAUUCGGAACCCGAAAGACGUGGCUGUCAGUCAUUUUUAUUUCCACAAAAAGAUAAAAAGCAUUGGCUCCUUCACCGACUUCGCUUGGCAAGAUUUUUUCGAAGUGUUCUUUUCUCCUGACACAUUACCGUACGGCAGUUGGUUCAGUCAUACCAAGAAAUGGCUACAACACCGCAAUGAUCCCAACCUGUUGCUCGUGAAGUUUGAAGAUUUGAAGACUGACCUUACGAAUGGCGUCUCCAGGAUAGCAGAGUUUCUAGGCCGCCCCGUUUCGGGAAAUCGCGCCGCCGCCAUUGCAGCCAAAUGCCAGUUUGACAAUAUGAAAAAGGAAGGAGAGUCGGAGGAUAGAGAGGUGGACAAUAUCGGAAUCUCAGUCUUCAUGAGGAAAGGUCAGGUUGGUGAUUGGAAGUCUCACUUUACUGUGGCGCAGAAUGAGAUGUUUGAUGAGGUCUAUCAGAGGGAGAUGGGAGACACAGACCUGGCCAUACAGUUUGAAACCUGAUUACUAUCAGAGAGCGAUGGGAGAUACAAUUUGAAAUUUUUGAGAUAUAACGUCAUCAGAGAGAGAUGAGUUAUAGAGUUUGAGAUGCAGUCUGGAACUUGAUUAUUAACAGAGAACCCCCCAGGGCCUCACAGCCAACUUCCCCAGAGACAACUCCAGUCAAAUUCCUCAGAGGGGUUGGUCGAUGAAAUUUUUUACAAAACUGACAGCUGAUAGGGGUGAAACCCACCCAGGCAGAGGCCUGUGAAACAGUACUUUCACUACUUUUGCCUAAUGUGUAUCCGCCAUCAUUCUCUAAAAAACACACAAAUUUAUACCUAGUAUGAAACUUUGAAACCACUGCUACAAGAUGACACCACUUAACAAGCAGAAGAAACAGAAAGGGAAGCCAACAGGUGCAAAUGAAAAUGUAUCUAAAAAUAGCUGGGGAUUACAUCUGACCCGACCCGGGAGUUGUUAAUUUUGGAGCGUAGCCAUUUGUCGCCACGUUAUAACUGAAAUAUUGCCGAAGUGGCAAGGAGACCAUAAACAUCUAGUGGAGGUAUGUGUGUGAACAGCAGGUAAUUUCCUGAUUGAGUUAACCUUCUAACCAGUAG